GCUCGUCGGUCUCGAUAUAUGAACUAUCUAGUUUAGCACAGGUUAAAUCAACAAUCAAACCCUCCUUUGAAAUUUGUGCCGUUACCUGUCGUGACGCGUUGGUACAAGUGAUUAUUAAGAAGAGUUCUUACUGUAUAUAA